ACCAGUUUCACUUUCCUCUUCCAAGUUCUUCAUACAAAACCAACCAAACUGGUGAAUCAGAUACUUGUAUCAAAGCCAGUGAUCAGAGAUUUUGAGCUUGGUUAUCGGUAACAGACUUUCCCCCUCCACAUCAAUGAACAUAAGCCGGCCUUCGGUGCAUCCUCUGGAGGCUCCACCAGCCACUGACGCUGCCGCUAACGGGCCCGGAGUCAGGAUGAAGGACUUGCAGGGCAUGCCUGGCACCACAGGUGGCCUCAUUCUCCGCCUCUUUCAGCUCCUUUUUUCCGUCCUUUCCAUCUCCGUUAUGGCCACCACUAGCGAUUUCCGUUCUGCCACCGCGUUUUGCUAUCUAGUUCUUGCUGUUGGCUUGCAAUGCUUCUGGAGCCUGUCACUGGCAAUUGUCGAUAUAUAUGCCCUACUGGUGAAACGAAGUCUGCGGAACAACCUAAUAAUUCAUUUGUUUACGAUAGGCGAUGGGAUCACAUCCACACUUACAUUUGCUGCUGCAUGUGCGUCUACUGGGAUCACGGUCCUUAUAGGCAAUGAUCUCCAAAGAUGUGAUGUGAACCACUGCAAAAGAUUCGAAGCUGCUACAGUAAUGGCUUUUAUUAGUUGGUUUGCCAUCUCACCUUCCUUUUUACUUAAUUUGUGGACUUUAGCUUCUCAAUAAGAGUUGGACAGAGUAUUUAUUCAGUUGCUGAAUAUUGGCUUCUGAGGCAAACCCGUGUGUGCUAUCAUCGUCAACUUCUUGGCCCUCGCCUCUCCUACUCCUAAGUGGAAAUUUGAAAAUGUUCAGUGUAUAUAUAGAUAAAUUUUGAUAAGAAUCAUUGAGAUAAUCCCAUUUUGAAAAAUUUUCUUGAA